CGGAUGAGCGACACUAAAGUUUCUCUGCAGACAUGAAGAAACUUUCGUAUCUUUGCUUCAUCUGGACUCUUGUUCUGGUCCGUCGGUCCAGAGGAGAAAUGUUUACAUCUGUGCAGAAUGUGAAGCAGGCGAUCCGAUGUGAAGAGAAACUGAUGGAUUAUCUGAGGAUUUAUAUCGAUCAGGAGUCUGAGAGACUGCAGGACAUCAGGCGUUUUUAUGACAAAGUGUGGAACCUGCACACAGGACUUUAUGCAGGUUCCGCUGCUGCCGUGGGGAACCCUCUGGUGGCCUUCACUCUCAUCAAGCGUCUUCACUCAGAGUGGCUGAACGUCGUUUACAGCAGCAGAGCUCAGAGGAACACAGAAGACCUCAGGUUCGGCUACGAGGAAGAGGAGGCCGACCUGCCCAAAGCGGAGGACCUGCAGGGGGCUGCGAGGGGUCUGAUGAGGCUGCAGGACGUCUACGCUCUCCAAGUUUCAGGCCUUUCGAGGGGAAGGUUCCAGAGAAUCACCAACGGGGAGGUGAUGAACGUCUGCCUCCCUGACGUGUCUGUCUCGCUGUCCGGAGACGACUGCUUUAUGGUUGGAAAGGUGGCCUAUGAGCAGCAGGACUACUAUCACUCUGUGCAGUGGUUGGAGGAGUCGGUGCGUCUCCUCAGGGGAGCAGGAGGACAGUGGAGCCCUGAGGAUGAAGGAACUUUAGAACAUGUUCUGGAUCAUCUGGCGUUCUCCUACUUUAAAACAGGAAACGUCUCCUUCGCUUUGAGUCUGUCUCACGAGUUACUGCAUCACAACCCGAUGAACGAACGAGUUUUGAAAAAUGUGGAGAAAUAUGAGAAGUUGCUGGUUGCCGCAAGUCCACCCAGAGCUGAUGGGUUGAAGAGACCCGCCUCCACUCAUUUAAGGACACGGGAGACUUAUGAGAGACUCUGUCAGACUCAAGAAUCUCAGUCGGCGCGCGUUAAAGACCCUGUUCUGUUCUGUGACUACUACACCAACAACCGUCUGGCUCUGCUGCUGCAGCCGGUGAGACGGGAGGUGCUGAGCCUGCAGCCGUUUGUGGUCCUUUACCACGACUUCAUCACCGACGCCGAGGCCAAGGACGUGAAGAGGCUCGCUCAGCUGGGUUUGAGAAGAUCUGUGGUGGCAGCUGGAGAGAAACAAGCAACAGCCGACUAUCGAAUCAGCAAAAGUGCAUGGCUGAAGGACUCAGCAGGAAGCAACGUCGAGAAGCUGGAUCAGCGGAUCUCGUUGAUCACUGGUUUGAACGUAAAGCAUCCGUCCGGCGAGUACCUCCAAGUGGUGAAUUAUGGGAUCGGCGGUCACUACGAACCUCAUUUUGACCACGCUACAUCGCCAUCCAGUCCCGUGUUCAAGCUGAAAACUGGGAACCGCGUGGCGACCUUCAUGAUUUAUCUCAGCCCUGUGGAAGCGGGAGGAUCUACUGCUUUUAUUUACGCCAACUUCAGCGUUCCUGUUGUGGAGAAAGCUGCCAUCUUCUGGUGGAACCUCCACAGAAACGGUCAGGGGGACGAAGACACGCUGCACGCUGGCUGCCCCGUGCUUAUUGGGGAUAAAUGGGUGGCAAACAAAUGGAUCCAUGAGUACGGCCAAGAGUUUGAGCGUCGCUGCAGCUUGAAUCCUGAAGAGUGACUUGAGGAGGACCUGGUAGAGGACCGGUCUUUAUAGUUGCAGGCAGAAACUUUGUUCACAGGUUUGGGCUCUGACAUUGAUGAAGGAGCAGCCUGCAACUGAGACUGGAGCCCAGAGUCCCAGGGAGCCUGAGGGACAUGAGUGGGCCCUUAGGGGGGCAUCAUUUGGUGGACAAGGAGGAGUGGGGUAGCUGAAGAUCAGAGUCCAGAGACGAAGGUCCCGAUCUUUCUUUGAUUCAGGUCUUUCCCAAUAUGUGCUCCAGGAUGAAUUUAAAGAGAAACUAAAGAUAUUAAAUUAAUUUAUUGAAUUAUUUAUUUUUGUAAUAUUGUGGCUUGAAUGUUGAGUUCUGAAAGACUUUGCUGAAACUUGUUGAAGAAUAAAAACAAGCAAUAAAAAAUGGCAA